CCUAAUUCCACCCGAAUUACGUCCUCUAUUUUCACAACCACCAAUCUACAGAUUGGUUGAUGCGUGCCUUUGUUCCUUUCUGUACGUAUCUCUUUCCUGCCAAAAAAUGAAGGAAAGUUUCAGGGAAAACUAAAAAAAUAAUAGAAGAAAGGAAGGAAAAAGAGAGAAUAUCCAAAUCAAUAACCUCCGGGCAUCAACAAGUUUUAUUGUGUGUGACGAUCGAGAGCCUUCAGACUGAAUUCAAAUCCAACAAUUUUUCUAUCCCGGCCCUGUUCCUAUGUAUAACAAAGCAAAGGAAGUUAAUCAGCAAGGUUAACAAUGCCGACGGGCGCGCAAGCUGCACCCUUUCCUGUGCGCCCACGCCUACCUCCAACAACAUGCAACAGUAUUUCUUCUUCAUCCACCUUUGCAAUUAUCAUGCUAUUGGUGCAGCAGCUGGUGUUCUCGUCUUCAUCCUAUCAUGUAUUGGGGGCAGAAGAAAACCAAUCGGUAGCUCUCAUGAAGUUCAAAACCGCCCUGGUAAAUGCGGAUCCCGGUCUUGCCGAUUGGACUCCAAUCAAACCUCCAUGUUCGGGGAAUGUUUCGGAGUGGACUGGCAUUCUCUGCUUCAGUGGCUAUGUUUGGGGUUUACAGCUAGAAAAUAUGAACCUCAAGGGCCAAAUCGACGUCAAUUCUCUUAUUUCCCUGCGUUUCUUGCGGACUCUGAGCUUCAUGAACAAUAACUUUGAGGGGGCCAUGCCAGAUUGGAGGAAGCUUGGUGCCCUCAAGUCCUUGUAUUUGUCUAACAAUCAGUUUACUGGUGAGAUUCCGGAUGAUGCUUUUAAGGGUAUGACUUCUUUGAAGAAGGUUCAUUUGGCAAACAACAAAUUUACAGGUCACAUUCCGUCGUCUCUUGAGUCCCCUAAACUAAUAGAGUUGAGGCUUGAGAACAAUCAAUUCACGGGUACCAUACCAGCAAUUAGCUCAGACAAUCUCAAAAUUCUCAAUGUUGCUAACAAUCUAUUGGAGGGUCCAAUCCCUGCACCUCUAGCAAAAUUGGAUCCAAACUCCUUCUCAGGCAACAAAGGUUUGUGUGGGAAGCCUCUGACGACAACAUGUGACCCUACAAUCCCCCCAUCCGACUUGGAGCCGUCUCUUCAUUCUCCCGGUCCAGCAGCUGAUGCAACAAAUCAGAAUAAGUUAUCCCCCACAAGAAUUGCAAUAAUCAUUGUGUCUGCCAUGCUGGGUCUGUUUCUAAUCGUAUUGAUCCUCGUCCUGAUCUUGCGGAGCCGCAGGAGCCCAACACCACAACUAGGGAGGGAAAUGGCGACACCCUAUGAUGAUAAGAGUGUGUCGGCGGCAGUAGGGGUGGGAACAACUGCAACUACAACUGCAGCUACUGCUACCCAAGUCGACCAGAUAAGUGGCGGAGUGAGGAAAGUCGAACAACAAGCACAAGCACAACCACCACAACAGCAGGCAGGUAAACUGUCAUUUGUCAGAGACGAUAGACAAAAAUUUGACCUGCAGGACUUGAUGAGAGCAUCGGCGGAAGUAUUGGGAAGCGGCAACUUUGGCGCUUCAUAUAAGGCAGUACUGGUGGAUGGUGAGGCAUUGGUUGUGAAAAGGUUCAAGCAAAUGAACAACGUGGCAAAGGAAGACUUCCACGAGCACAUGAGAAGAUUAGGCAGACUCAAACACCUCAAUCUACUUCCAUUGGUUGCUUAUUUGUAUCGUAAAGAAGAGAAGCUCUUGGUCUUUGACUAUGUGAACAAUGGCAGUUUGGCCAAGCACCUUCACGGCAAACAUUCGGCCGAGCAGCCUGGUCUUAGUUGGGCAAAGAGGUUAAAAAUCAUUAAGGGAGUAGCCAAGGGGCUAGCUUAUCUUCAUGCUGAGCUUCAGAGCUUAACUGUCCCGCAUGGCCACCUGAAAUCAUCAAAUGUACUUCUGGACAAUAACUUCAACCCCCUGUUGAUGGACUAUACUCUAGUGCCAGUGGUGAAUCCCGGCCAAGUCCACCAAAUCCUUGUGGCUUACAAGUCUCCAGAAUAUACCAAAACUGGCCGAACUUGUAAGAAAACAGAUGUAUGGUGCUUAGGGAUUUUGAUAUUAGAGACUUUAACAGGCAAGUUCGUGAUUGCCCAAAGCUAUGGUCAAGGUCAAAUUGCUGCUGACUUAUCUGCAUGGAUCAAUGCCAUUGUUCAAGAAGCAAGCAACAGCAGUAGUACCCAAGUUUUUGACAAAGAAAUGGAGAUCAGCACAGAACGCUGCAGACCUGAAAUGGAGAAGCUUUUGCAAAUUGGAAUAGCUUGUUGCGAAGAGGACCAGGAAAAGAGGUGGGAUUUGGAGGAGGCACUAAACCAAAUUGAACAAGUACAAGAGUCAUCCGCUGACAUUAAUUAAGGAUAUAUCCCUUAAUUAAUUUUUGAUAUCACUUCCUUCUUAUUUCUUCUGGGAUCAGACGUUGAUUUCUUCUGUACGAAUCGAGUUCCAAUGUUUUAUCUUGACCUUCAUUGCAAUGUGGAAUCGUAGUAUAUGUACGUACCCUUUCCCAUGUGUUGCUUGGGACCGAAUUUA